AUGGUCUCCAUUCUUCUGCGAUUCGAGAGUCGAAACGGCCAGUUUCGACUCACGGUCAGCCCGGAGGAACACUUUCCAUCACUUCAAAAAAAGAUUCUACAACACCUCCCGGCAAAUGUCGAAUCUUCGUCCAUUGCCCUCUCAAAUAAACCGAUCGGCACGGGUGGCGAGGAGAGACUACUGGAAGCCUUGCAAGGAGUGUCGCUUCAGCAGGUUGGCCUAAAGCAUGGGGAUAAGCUCUUUAUUGGGUACCAGGAACAGACACAACAAAAUGGAUCCUUGAAUGGCACAACAUCUACCACUACAGAACACCGACUCAAUGGAGCACCGAUUCCCAAGCAACGGACAGUCCCGAUUCGACCACAGCCAAGUUCUUUGGCUCCAAUCAAGAACCCGUGGGAGCUAGUGCAGCAGUCACCGCUAGACAACCUGCUAGACAAGAAAGAUGGAAAGAUCAAGCGUGGAAUAGACUACAAGAUGUGCAGACACGGUCCCCGAGGCAUGUGUGACUACUGCAUGCCACUCGAGCCUUACGAUGCGAACAACAUGACAGAGAAGAAGAUCAAGCACCUUUCUUUUCACUCAUACCUUAGAAAAAUCAAUGCCGCGACUAACAAGCCCGAAAUGGGAACCUCGUUCAUGCCUCCGCUCAACGAACCAUAUUACCGAGUGCGAAGCGAUUGCCCAUCGGGGCAUUCCCCUUGGCCGGAGGGCAUUUGCACCAAAUGUCAACCAAGUGCAAUCAGUCUUCAACCCCAGGAGUUCCGCAUGGUUGACCAUGUGGAGUUCUCAUCCCCGGAUUUAAUCAACUCCCUCCUUGAUUUCUGGCGAAAGUCAGGUGCUCAACGACUGGGCUUCUUGUAUGGAACAUAUGAGGAGUACACCGAAGUACCACUAGGUGUCAAGGCUGUCGUGGAAGCAAUCUACGAGCCCCCGCAAACGGGUGAAGUCGACGGUGUGACACUCCAUGAAUGGCAGAAUGAAAAGGAAGUGGAUGACGUAGCCCGUCUGUGCGGAUUGCAGAAGGUUGGUGUCAUCUUUACUGACUUGAUUGAUGGUGGCCGAGGGGACGGUUCAGUGGUUUGCAAGCGGCACAUUGACUCAUACUUUUUGUCUUCACUCGAAAUUGCCUUCGCUGCACGACUCCAGGCCCAAAAUCCUAAAUCCACGAAAUGGAGCCGAACUGGACAGUUCGGCUCGGAUUUCGUAACCUGUGUGCUCAGCGGAGAUGAAACAGGUGCGAUAGCUAUCAGCUCGUACCAAGCAUCCGUGUCUGCAGUUGAGAUGGUUCGAGGAGAUAUCGUCGAACCCUCAGCGGACCCGACCGUGAUGCUGGUGCAAUCAGAGCAUGACGAAGAUCUUGGAAGCAGGACACGAUACAUCCCCGAAGUCUUCUACCGACGAAUCAAUGAGUACGGUGCGAGCGUUCAGGAGAGCGCCGAACCAAGUUUCCCAGUAGAUUUCCUACUAGUUACCCUGACCCACGGAUUCCCAACAGAGUCAUCCCCGUUAUUCACCAACAGUCGCUUCCCUAUCGAGAACCGUGAAGUCAUUGGCGAAAGCCAAGAGCUUCGACACGUUGCCCAGAAACUCAUGUCCCACGGUGAUCCGGAUAAAGCUAUCCAAGGAGUUUCCGACUUCCACAUCCUGUGUUUCUUGCACGGAGUCGGCACAUUUAGCAAGGUCGGUGUUCUACUGCGCAUCUUUACCUCGGUGCAUGUGACGCUAACUCGCAUUCUCAAACAGGAUGAGGAGUCUCUCCUCUGCCGCGUCGCUAGAACGAAGUCCCCCGCCGAGGGCAUGCAGCUUUUGAAUACCCCAGGAUGGGCCACGUUGAUGACAAUUCUUCAAGAGAGUGGUGAGCGCCCCCCUAAGCGCCCCUGGCCCACACCGGCCGAGCCUUCUCGCUCGGAUUCCCAAACCCGGAAACGUCGCAACCCCCCACCCUCCACACUACCCCGGUCCAUAUCUCCAAGUCCCGAGAGUGACCAGCUUGCUAAGAGGUUUAAGGGAGCUAGUUUAGAGUGA